AUGACUAAUCCUUCGUUUGCCAUACAUUUGAAUCAAGAUCAGUCUGGAUACAUUUCAAUACUUGGUACAGGCUUUUUGCUUAACUUCCAUGGUGUUCUUUUGAACGCGAGUCCUUCAACACUUCACCACCUAACCGCCAUGAAAUGUCUUCAAGUAUUUUGCAAAGUCCUUGUGUUUUCCCCUUCGCAAGUCUUGGGAUCACGAACUUGA